AUGCGUCUCUGGGCACAUGUAGGCGCUCGGCGGCCGGCACACGGCCCGAAGCUUCUCGUUCUGAAAGAGUAUGUCCGCAUAGUGCUCGUCGGUAGGGCCCGAGAGCACGGUCCAGCACUGGUCAUCCGGCGAGCACAACGCCAGCCUGUCACGAAAGCCGGUCAGACCCACGGGCGCCACCUGGGCGAGGCGGGUGUCGUGGUCCAACAAGGGGAGGGUGGAAGGGGAAGGAAGAGACAGGGUGGCGCCAGAAAGUGGGUCCCACAGGACCAUCUCGGGUGGGUCCCAGCAGGCAAGGAGGAACCACCCCGCGCCGGAGCCGCGACAGGACCACCGGCGGCCGCCAGAGAGGAGGGAGCAGGGCAGAUCAGGGAAGUAUAUCCUGUUCUCGUACGGGCAGCUGAGGCUCAAGUAGGUGGAGAUGGGCUCAGGGUCGGGCAGGAUGAGCCAGGGGAGCUCGGGAAGGGUGGGGAACUCGGACCGGGUGAGAGUGUCCCUCCAAACUUGCACACCAGCCUCAACCGGAUCCGGUCGCCAGUGCAUAGCUUGCUAAAUAUGCGACGAAUUGCGUCAUCCGGGAGCUCGCUCAGGUUCAACGGACAAGAAGAAGAAUGUUGUGGGAAAUCUGAUGGGACAAGGAAAAUACGGUGCAUCAAACGAUGCCAAAAGGACUAG